AUGACAAGUGGUUUUGAUGAAGUUGAAGCUGAAUAUACUAUUCAUACUAUUAUUUGCACUUUUAUGAUGAUCAUGGGAAUUUUUUUUGAAGUAUAUGUAAUCAUUAUGUUUCUUCAAAUAUAUACCAAUAAGAAUGCAUCUGAGUACAGUUAUCAAGAAAUUAUUAAUCAAAUACAAGCAUACACAAGACAAAAGCAAAUGCCAGUUGACAUGAAAAAACGAUUAGAAGCUUAUUACUUUUAUCGUUUUGGGAAUAGUUACUUUAGAGAGAAGAAAAUUUUAUCAAACUUAUCAAAUAUAUUACGUGAAGAAAUUGCUCUACAUUCCUGUCAUCAUCUUAUACAGAAUGCCAUUCUCUUCAGAAACACUCCAAAAAAUAUAAUUACUUCCAUCGUCUCUCAGUUAAGAUGUGAAAUUUAUUUGCCUAAUGAUGUAAUUAUAAAAGCUGAUAGCUAUGGAGACUGUAUGUUCUUUCUAGGGGGUGGAACAGUAGCAGUUUUUACACCAACAGGACAUGAAAUAUGUCAUUUAGAAGUGGGCUCAUACUUUGGAGAAGUAGCAUUAUUAGUCCAAGAUCAACGAAGAGUUGCAACAGUUAUUGCUACUGAAGUUUGUGAAGUAUACAGACUUGAUCGUCGAGAUUUUCGUAGAUAUGUUGCUGUUCAUUCCGAAUUAUUUGAAGAAAUUGAACUAACAGCUACUGUAAGAAUCGAAAAAGCAAUACUCGUUGAAGAAUACUAUAAAAGACAUCCUGGAAAAAAAUUUAAGUAAUCAAAUAUUCAAAUAGA